AUGAUUCGCAACUAUCCGUGCAAGACGACACGCUGUCUGUAUCCGUCACCUCAGGAGUGGAAGAAAAUUCAUCGUCACAAGGGCCAAAAGUGUACGGCACAAGUUCCAGUUGCUCCUAAAAAUAAUGACCUUCCUACGUCAGUUAAAUUGGCCAAAUUCGAAGUCGACUGGAAAAUAAUUCCAAACGACGUAAUGCAUCAGCUGCAAGGCCGUCAACCUAACGUUGGAUACAGGGGAAUAUCGGAAACAAACUACAACCGAUUUGUUGACCACGUAACUGCUCAAAUAAGGACCACAAGUGCAAAGAUUCCGUUCUUUGUCUUUAGAAGAGUUGCUCUAAAGAUCAUCAACAAAUAUCCCACACUCCGAGAUUGCGAUGACGAAGGACAUACCAUAGGUGACGGGUCUAAUAGUUUAGCUGACAAACUACGCAAUCAUAAUGCUUAUUUAAACAGAGCCCAUCGAAGUGAAGUACAUACCACACGUCGCAAGGUUUGCUUCAAUCGUCGAUGUACAGUGGGUGUACGCCCAGAAUACUUCAAAUCCGGUACAAAUCAUUGUAGUAAAGACCUUUUAAUUGUGCUUACAAGAAAACGAGUUGACAACUUGAACGAAGAUGCUUUGAUUGGCACAGAAGCUUUCAUUCGCCAUAAAAUUGACAGUUCUAUCUAUCUACACACGCUGCAUCAGGAAUUGCCAUCGAUUGGUAGGAACGAGGUUCUAAACUACCAUUUCUAUAGAGCCACUGGGUGUAGUGCUGAAGCAUUCAGUACUAAUUUCGCGAAAAAAAGAGCAAAAUUAAUCGAAGUGUCGAAGUCUUACAAGCGACCGCUGCAUAUUCCAUCUAAAGCAUCUGAUUUUGAUGUACUUGAAGGCGUUUCAAGAUUGCUUGGGGAAAAUGUUUCAUCGUUAAUUCACGAAAUUGAGGAUAUCCAUGAGAUGCAGUCAACUGAUAACUUCCCUUCAAUUGUGUUCCUUGAUCAGACCGACAAUGGGCAAAAGUUUUUUAUUCAGGCCGAAAACACACUAUUGACCUUAGGCGUCAAUAAUAUCAUUCAUGCGUUCCAGCAGCUUUUGGCUGUAUAUUUUGUGUAUUUCUACAAAUAUCCUAAAGAUGUAUCCAAAACACUAGAAUUUCUCCAAAUGUUCCUUUUGAAGCUGUAUCCAGAAAAUGGCACGCGCUCAACGGCCACUAUUGUUGGAAGACAUCAGCGUAUGGUGACUUCAUUACUAUCAAAAAUAUCAAAAUUGGAUUGGAGAAAACAACAGACCGAAAAUAAGAACUAG